GUGAUUCCCUUUUCUCUCUCCGUCCAGCAUAUCAUUUAAGGGGCUGUACUGCUGCUAUAUAUAGCUUUUUCAUGCUUACCAUUUCAAGCUGGGACCUUUGAAUUGAAUUUGGUGUUUUUUCUCCUCUUUUCUCUUUUAGCUUUAGCACAGACCCAUCAUGGGAGCCUGUCUCUCUGUAAGAGUCAGUGGCUCCAAUAGUAACAACACGACCACAGCCUCUGGGAAUCGCCAUGGAAAGGAAUCGACGGGGAAGAAAGACAAGAGGGAAUCGCAUCAGUUUAAGCAGAAUGAGACCAGGAAACAGAACAAUGAACAGAAGAAUCAAGCCCAACAACAACAGCAGAAGCAGGUAAAAGGCAAAGGGAAGCCGAAUUCGAGGAGGCAAACUGGGGUCAUCCCAUGCGGAAAGCGAACGGAUUUUGGGUAUGACAAGGAUUUUGAUCAGCGUUACACGAUCGGGAAACUGUUGGGUCAUGGUCAAUUUGGGUAUACGUAUGUUGCCACCGACAAAGCAAACGGGGAUCGGGUUGCUGUUAAGAAAAUUGACAAAAACAAGAUGGUUCUUCCCAUUGCUGUUGAGGAUGUCAAGCGAGAGGUCAAGAUAUUGCAAGCCCUUACUGGCCAUGAGAAUGUUGUUCAGUUUUAUAAUGCCUUUGAGGAUGAAUGCUAUGUAUAUAUUGUCAUGGAGUUAUGUGAGGGGGGAGAAUUGCUGGAUCGGAUAUUGGCCAAAAAGGAUAGUCGCUAUACUGAGAAAGAUGCAGCAGUAGUUGUACGACAGAUGCUCAAAGUAGCAGCUCAGUGUCAUUUGCGUGGCUUGGUACACCGUGACAUGAAACCGGAGAAUUUCCUUUUCAAGUCAACCAGAGAAGAUUCACCUCUGAAAGCUACAGAUUUUGGUCUCUCAGACUUUAUAAGACCUGGAAAGAAGUUUCAAGAUAUCGUAGGCAGUGCCUACUAUGUUGCUCCUGAAGUAUUGAAACGCAGGUCAGGGCCUGAAUCAGAUGUAUGGAGCAUAGGUGUGAUUACCUACAUUUUGCUUAGUGGGAAGCGGCCCUUCUGGGAUAAGACUGAGGAUGGCAUAUUUAAGGAGGUUUUAAGGAACAAGCCUGAUUUUCGACGCAAACCAUGGCCAACAGUAAGCAAUAGUGCUAAAGAUUUUGUGAGGAAGCUACUGGUGAAGGAUCCUAGGGCAAGACUUACAGCUGCUCAGGCCCUUUCACACCCAUGGGUUAGAGAAGGAGGAUGUGCAUCUGAGAUUCCAAUUGACAUAUCUGUUCUAAGCAACCUGCGACAAUUUGUGAAGUACAGUCGUUUAAAACAAUUUGCUCUGAGGGCAUUGGCUAGCACAAUUAAUGAGGAGGAGCUGGCUGAUCUUAAGGAUCAGUUUGAUGCCAUUGAUGUUGAUAAAAAUGGUUCUAUAAGUCUUGAAGAGAUGAGACAGGCCCUUGCUAAAGAUAUUCCUUGGAACCUGAAGGAGUCAGGUGUCCUUGAGAUUCUUCAAGCGAUUGACAGCAACACAGAUGGGCUCGUUGAUUUCACUGAGUUUGUUGCAGCUGCUCUACAUGUGCAUCAACUGGAGGAGCAUGACUCUGAGAAAUGGGAGCACCGGUCUCAAGCUGCUUUUGAGAAGUUUGACAUAGAUAAAGAUGGGUAUAUAACUGCAGAGGAACUCAGAAUGCACACAGGCCUAAAAGGCUCCAUUGAUCCUCUGCUGGAGGAGGCUGACAUUGAUAAAGAUGGAAAAAUAAGCCUUUCAGAAUUUCGCCGACUUCUACGAACUGCAAGCAUUAGUUCAAGGAAUGUCACCAGCCCAGCUGCCAGCCAGAUUUCUCGGAAGCUGUAGAUCAGACCUUGCGUUGUAUAUUGAGAAAGAAAGUAGGGUAAGAGAUGGGAAUCCAAUUUCUAGGUUUCACUUGUUUAGAGAUUGUACUCCAUCUCGAGCGGAUUUAACUCUUUCCAUCAGCUCCUGGAGGACCCUUUUUGGACUUGAGUGCUGAAUGAUGGCAUCCCACUUUGGUGAAUGCACUACUCAAGAUUCUUCGUCGUAGGGCAGCCCUCUGGUUAUGGAGAUGAAGGUGGAUUCAGGUGGUCGUAUUGUGUACAUUCUUUUUGUGGGGGAUUUAUUGGAUUCUGCCUGUUGAAUGUCAUAUGUGAUUAUAAAAUAAUUUUUAAAAAAAUGGGAAUAUGGUGCGAGAAGUAUUCAUUUAUGUGUUAAUGGCGUGUUUUUUGUAAAUUCUUUAGCCGUCAAAUAAUGAGAAUCUCAGAAUUGCAACAAUUUCACAGAACCAUACCUUUUUCAUAAAAUUACUUCUAAAUGAAGAUUAAGCGUUCGG